AGGCCGUUUUCUCAAAAUUAUAAUUUUUUCUUCUACACUGAGCCAUACAUUUCCACUUCAGCAGCACUUACACACACCAGUUUUAUUAACGGUCACACCCUGAAGUUUUUUUUACAGAGGAAGUCGUUCAUAAAUCAUUUUCUUGAUUAUACGCAACAUUUAUGUACACACAAUCACACAAAAAUUGUUUUAGUUCUAAGCAUAUUCAAAAUUGUGGAGUAUAUACAAAAAAUAGAUGUUUAAAAUAUCUUCUGUAAAAAGGUUUAACUCUAAUAUGUCAAAAAAAAAUCAUCCAGUGGAUAUAUUGUUGUACUAGAAAUCAUUGCAAAUUAGCGCCAUCAGCUGGGGCUGAGGCAUUAACUAUUUAUUAUAUAUAUAUAUAUAUAUAUAUAUAUAUAUAUAUAUAUAUAUAUAUAUAUAUAUAUAUAUAUAUAUAUAUAUAUAUAUAUAUAUAUAGGCGAGAGGUAUGCUCCUGGGAUUGUAGAAUCUCUGAUCACAUUGUUGUUAAAGGCUGACAUCUAGUGUUAAACUUUGGACAUCUGCACAUGUAGAAAAACAGACACAGAUCAUUUACAAAAAAACUCUACAUUACAACACACACACAUACACACACACACAUAUACAUAUAUCCGUGGGGAUGGUUUGUGGAAUAUUUCUUUUAACUUUCUGAAAAGGAAAGGAAAAGAAAACUGAUUGAUGUUGUGACUUUUUAAAAUUUAGAACUGGUCUAAACUAACUUUUCUAUGUAUAUAAGAUACAUAUAACACAUAUACGUAAGAUGUGUGCAUAUUAUAUCUGUAGAAAUCUGAUUAUUCCAAUAAAAUAAAAUUGCAAUAAAAUAACUUUUAGAUGUUAUUUAUCAUUUUCCCCCAUUUUCUUUCCCAAAGCAAUUAUAUAGAAAAUAAUACACAGUAAACCACAUGUUAUUACACAUUGGACAGGCUUUAAAUCAAUAAAAUCUCAUUUUAAAAUCUAAUAAAACCAAUUUAAUUGACCAUCUAAUAAAAUAAAAUUAUUUUUUAUUUAAUGUUUGAUUUUAAAUCAUUUAUUUUUGUUAUUUUCUUUGAAUUUCCCUACUUUCAACAGUUUUAAGAGAAUCAAAAUCACAAAUAACAAAUAACAUUUCAUUUCAUUUUCAGCUUCAUGCAAAAAUCCAAACAUUCCUUUACCUCAUCCAUCAACCUGUUUUUCUAUAAUGUUGGUAAUUUUCACACAACCCCUUGGCACGCACACAACCUCUCUCUCUCUCUAUCUCUCCCUUUCUAUCUCUCUUUCUCUCCCCACCCUGCCUAAUUUCAGCUGAAUUUAGGAUGCCUUUGACCCAGCACUGGAUAUGCAUAUGUGAAGCAGGGUGAGACAGAGAGAUAGGGUGAGGGACAGACAGGAAGAGUGACUCAGAGAGAGAGAGAGAAAGCGAGAAAGAGAGAGUGCGCAAGGCUGAGGACACUGAUCAAUGCAUCUUUGUGCUUGCUGCCUCAGCAAGUGAAGGUGAGAGCAAAUCAAAACAAAUGAAAAGCAGACGCCUCUGGAGAGAAGCAAACAGCCUCCAAUCAGCCUCUGAGGGAGGAUGAUUACUGUCUGCGGAGAGCUAGAGGAGUGACUGUCAAGGCAGGUGCUGUUUAAACACAAGCUCAUGUGCGGAUUUGAGUCAUCUUAGAGUCUCCUCACUGCACCCACUUACUGGACAGCGAGACCUUUUGUGGAUACUGAAAGCUUUAGAAAAAUACCUGCACCAUGGCAGGAAGCUUUGGGGGUUCGAGUCUCAGGAUGUAACUGAAGGUAGGUGCUUGUUUACGUACAAAAUAAAAGUCCAGCGUUUCGUGUUGUGGUCCGUAUCGGGUUUCUGCGAGGUGUAACUGAUUCCAAGCGGUCCAAUGCCGUGCCAGAGCCGUGGCCUAGCGGUUAGCGCCGUGAGCUGUGGCGCUCAUGUAAGUUUGAAUGCAGCUCGCAACAUUUCUUGAUCCCAUUCCUCUGCUUUUCUUGCCGUCUUUUUGUGUUUAUCUGCAAUAAAAGGCAGCAUGAUUGUUGUGAUAUCUGAAGGAAAGGCUGUGAGUCUUGUGCUUCAUAGACUACAAUCUUUCCUAGACUGACUUCAGGCUGUUGUCAUGUGUGGUGCCACAGCCUGGUGCCACCCAGAGGGGUCAGCUUGACAUCCACAACAGAACAUCAAGAAAGAGAGAUGCUAGGGGGAAUGAACAACAGGAUGAUCUGAAAUGUUUGCACAUUCAAGGCUGGGGGCUGAGGGAAUGUGUGUGUGUUCACUGGAAAUGUGAUGGCGAAACAGUGCUCCAUAGUGGUCAAAUGCAUUGAUUUCCACUCAAGUCUGCCUGGACCAGUUAUACUUGAGAUGGGUAGACGGGCAGCUGAUCACACCACUACAGUGCCAGUUCUCGGAGAGCCUGCGCUUGUCGGGACACGCGUCUGGAGGGCCGUUGCAAAUGGGACCAGUAGUAUGGCGACCCUCACGCUGUCUCAUCACUGCAACGUCGGUGUGCAGACGUCACCAGCGAUGAGAAACAACCAACUACAGCUAAACGGCAAACAUGUGGACGCUUGUAGCGGUCAAUCAGAAAACAAAGUGAUCAUGCCACCUAAUGGCCACAUCCCAAACGAGGCUGGUAAAAAGGAUGACAACGGGAAAGAAAAAACAAAAAGUAUAAUUUAUAAACGAAAAAGUCUAGAGACUAAAAUGAAAAAGGGUGUGACAUUUGAGGGACUGGAAAGGGAUAUUUGUAAAAACAUCAGGGAAGAAGUGCAGUGCCAUAAUCGUCCGAUGAGAACCAGUCCUCCGUUGAGAGGUGUGGCUAACAGCAGGUUCAAACUUAGAAGAAACUGUCACUUUACUAAUGGAAGUGUGGUGGACUCUGAGGUGAUGGGUGGGAUCAGCAGCGACGUCAGUGAAGGGGAGGAGUCUACCACGGGAAAGAAAAAAUCGUUACCUCCUCGCUCACCUCCUCACAGACCUCCCGUGACCAUCUGCAGCACUUGUGGAGGAAGGCAGAAUGCAGCACCUCCUGGACUCUACAGCAAAAUAAGGAUGAUUACACCGCCAACUUCGGCAGGUUCCCUGGGACUCCAGUCGAGACAUUCAUCCCCUCUUUACCCUGGGAAGGACGUGCAGGAGUACACGCAGAUAGAAAGGCACACCGACCGCAGUGCUACACAGUCAGACCAGCACCUCAUGAGCCCUAACCUUCGUUCUUAUCUCAACAUGAAUAUAAACAAGGAAUGGCCAUUAUCUCUGCUGCCUGCUCAGCAGAGUGAGGCAUCAAACCUCACUAAUCAUCACGCAGUCAAGAGGGAAUCUAGUGCUGACACACACAUUAAUCAUACCAGUCGCUCAUCGGCUCUAAAUACACACACGCUCACUGUUACCGUGAAAGAGGAUAGAGCCUCAACAAAGGUCGUAAACACACACUUGAAUGCUUACAAACCUCACAACUCUUGUCCCCGCAGACCUCCUGUUACUGUCAACCCUCCCCAAACACAAAAAAACAGCCUGACAGAGAAGCCAGAAGCCACACAGGUGACAAAUACCAGAAUGCCACACACAAACGUUCACUUUAGAUCAUCCUGCCAGCCAAACCCUGAUGAGAAACGACCAACUCAAGGAAACCAAGUUGCACCUAUACACUCAGAGUCCCCGAGCCGCAAAAUAAAAUUCACAUCAGACCUUUGCAAACUGCUUUGAAAACCCAAAUGUUCCCCCAAACUAGCACACCUCAGAACUCCAAUGCACUUUCGAAAUGCUCACGGCUAAAUCAGACAAGCACACUUUCGAAAUCCCCUGACUGUUUUCAUUUACAUUCCAACGCUAAACGCCAAACUAUAGUGCAGAGUUGUGUGAAUGAAGGUGUCAUUUCCUCCGCCGCUUCAAACAUUCACAGACAGGUUCAGUUCCCUAAUGGAUUAGAGUCCAAGUUUGACACGCACACUAAACCGUCAAUGUGCUCACACACAAAUUUCGGCAUUAAACCUCAAAGCGGGACGCAAAUCUGUGCUGACACAGAGUCAGAAUCCUCACCCUGUGAUUCACGUUCGCAUUCUGUGCUGGCGACACACACACAUAAACUCUCAGGGCCUCACAGUGAACCGCGUCACGCAUCGAUACACACAGGCGUUCCUUUGCCCACCGACACGCACAAGGAAGCUUCCCACACAUCCACCCAGCGAACAAACACCAGUGGAACAUCACUGCAGGGUAUAUCUGUGCGUAAAGACGCACUGUCACAUCCUUAUCGCGAGUCAAAAAGCCAAAAUGACACGCGUUUGUUUUCACAUGCCCCAAAUAUGUCAACCCAUCACAAAGCAACACUUACGACGCAAACAAUCAACCAUCAGAACCUCUCAAAUGCAUUUACCGCCACUCAGACGGAGGUGGAGGUGCAUUCGUACACCAAAGAACGUUCUCAAACAAGCCCCGAGGUCAAAGCAGCCUCGCGCGCUUUGUGUGUUCAUUCGAAAAUGCCACGUAGACAGACAGAGCCUACGGUUUUCAGAUGCUCUGUCCUGAAUCAGCUUAAUAAUGACACUCUUGAGUCCUCAUUACUAGCCAUCGCUUCCGCUAAGGCUUUUCCUCAAGCUACAACACACACUGAAUUUAAAUCUUGGAGUGACAUAGAGUCUAAGAAACAAACAGAUAUUAAGACAGCGGAACCAGAAGGUCAAAUGACCAAUUUGCUUCAACCUCCAAAUAAACCACCUCCUUCUUAUAGACCUCCUAAACCUUCAUCGGCACCUCCACAAGCACCAGCUUUUAAAUUCGUAAAUGGGGACCUGAAUGUGGCCUCCGAUCAAAACCCACAUCUGGAAGCAUCAGGCAAGAAAGACAGGAGUCUCCAGAACUCAAAGACACACAUGGAAUCUCGUUCUGAAGAGCUUGGUUCCAUCCCAAGUGAGCGCUGUUCCAUAACACACGACCAUCCGGAUUCUGCGGCCCGGUUGCUGCCAGUAUCACCUCAGUGUGGUAGUCCACGGGACCCAAAGUGUAAACUAAAGAUGGUUGAGGCGAGUCUUCAGUCAAACAAGGAGAGAGUCACAACUCUGCUCAACGUCAUCCAGGACCUGGAGAUGAGCCAUGCAAUCAGCAAAGGUCGGCGAUGUUUUCGGACUGGCCAAGACCUCAGUGACUGUUCCACCUGUCAGAAGACUGCAUGUGCUGUCUACAGUGUGGAGUAUGACUUCCGUCAACAGGAGAGAAGAUUCAAGGAGCUCCUCCAGAGUCUGUGCCCAUCAUCCCCAGAGAGAAGAGAAGGAUAUGAAGAAUCUCUUGCUUUACUCACCUCACUCAUUCAGAAUCACAAAUUACACCAGCUAAACGCAAACAUUAUGACCCAAAGCCAAUCUGAGAGUCAAAGCCACAGUCAGCCUCAGAUUAUUUCUCAGAUUCAGUGCAAGAUUCGGGCUCAGUCUCAGCCUCAGCCUCAGAUUCAGUCUCGGUCUCAGGCUCAGCCACAGAUUGUGUCUCGGGUUCAGCCCCAGAAUCAGUCUCAGCCCCAGAUUCAAUCUCAAAAUCAGAUUAUAUCUCAGAUUCAAUCCCAGAAUGAGAUUAUGUCUCCGAUUCUGCCUCCGAUUCAGAUUAUGUCUCAGAUUCAGUCUCAGGCUCUCCCCCAGAAUCAAUGUCUUUUCAAGGCUAAAAUCAAAAGGAAGAAAUUAUGCAGGAAGCUGUUUAGCUGGCUGCCACACAAAGUCCAAAGGAAAUGACUACAUAAUGCCAAGUAUCUGAUUUUCAUGCAUGACUCUCAACCCUCUGGUAUGUGGAGUCACAACUCCUUUUUCUCCUAAUGCAGUCGGAAGACUGACAUAUUUUGUGGAAUGGAGCAAUAUUACAUGGCAUUCUUUGACUGAACUACACAGGAGGAUUUAAAUUAUGAAACUAGUUUUCCUUGGAAAAUGAAAUGGUACAACAUUUACUUUAAAAAUUAAUUAUACUAUUUCUCUACAGUUACAAUGGACAUGAUGCUUGCCUCAACUACUUAUGGAGGGUUUUGCACUUAAGAUGCUUUUUUAGGACAUGAUGUUAUGAGUAUAUAGUUCAUCACAUCCUUUUUGAUCUUCCAAAUGGACAGCUAUCAUCUGUUAAAGCCAGAGGACUGUGAUGGGACUGACAUAUGGAGCUUCAGUGGCUGAAUUUUAGCUAAAUAAACCACAGGUUCGAGGUUAUGCAACAAAAA